CACUAAACGAACAACACUUAGUCAUUGCCUCUGAGCGCUAUGGCACGUCGGAAAGCCGCUGUGCUUUUACCGCUCUGCUUGGCGGCCGGGUGCGGCUUUGUGGUGCCGAAGUUGGCACCGACCUGGGCACCUCAGCGGGCCCCACUCCGACAGCGGGCCCCAGCAACUGUCGCUAGACAAUCCUUUGCUGCAGGCCAACUGCUCCUGCCUUUCGCUGCUUCCGUCCUCACCGGUGUCCUGGGCCUCGAGGCAGUGCGGCAGUUGAACGAGGGAUCCGCCUUGAAGGAUCUCAUAAAGAAGUACACCAGCAUCAUAGUGGUGGACUCGCCAGAAGGCAUGCCUUCUACUCCGCCCACGGAUGGGGUGUAUUGGUACAUCAAAGAUCCGGAUGUGUACCGGCGCGUGCUCGUGCAGGGUGAUUUAGGCUUAGGCGAGAGUUACAUGGAUGGACAAUGGGAGUCCAAUGAUCUGGAAGGUUUUGUCUUUGAGAUGCUGAAACUAGAGGUGGUCAAGAAGGAUUUGGGACUUUUGGGCUUGCCGCUCUUGAGCAGCGCGAUUGUGGGCAGCGUGAGCUGGCUGCUUUUCCCAACCAACUUGUCAGCAUCAGGUGCCAAGGAAAACAUCGCCAAGCACUACGAUAUCUCCAUGAAGCUUUACGAGCAGAUGUUAGGCCCCACCAUGAUGUACUCGGGUGCUUACUACCAUACUCCAGAAAUGACCUUGGAAGAGGCGCAAAUAGCCAAGAUGCGACUGGUGGCCGACAAGCUGGACCUGAAGCCAGGGAUGAAGGUCCUGGAGCUCGGCUGCGGCUUUGGCGCCCUGGCGGAUUUGAUGGCCACCGAGUAUGGCGUCCACGUCACGGGAGUGACCCUGUCAGAGGACCAGCACGCCUACGCAAAGAAGCAUUUCAAGAAUCCCAUGGUGGACAUUAGACUGCAAGACUAUCGGAGCAUGACUGGACAGUUUGAUCGCAUUUACUCUGUAGGCAUCUUCGAACACAUCGGACGGAACUGUUACGAGACAUAUUUCGAGAAAUGCCAGGAGCUUCUGAAGGAUGACGGCAUUAUGGUCAUCCACACCAUUGGCUUUUGCAGAAGUGGACAGUGGAAUCAUGGCGGUUGGAUGAACACCUACAUUUUUCCUGGUGCAGAACUGCCGACGAUGUCGCAUUUCACGCAAGGCUUUCAGGACUCUUGGGUGGACUGAGGGGUGAGAGGACUGACAGUGAGUGCCACGAGACAUGGCUGUAUACACCGCAAACCAUAGACUCUGUACAUCCCAAACCCUCAGAGGAUGGGGUGAUCGUUUUCAGGAGCGGUGGCAUUUGGAAGACUGGCAAAGCUUUGGAGUGAGCUAUGCAAAGACCUUGCGUGCAUGGAAGGACAACCUUGACAACUGGAAAGGACUUGAAGAGUUUGACUUGCGCUUUCGACGGAUGUGGGAAUACUAUUUGAUGUGUUGUGCGGCAUCCUUCCAGGCAAGAAGAACAAAACUUUGGCAGCUGGUUUAUACCAAAUAUCCCUCCAAGAGGCAGGAUGAUUGUCAUCAUAUCCGUCAACCAAAGAGGGCGGAGCCUGCCACGGCCACACGAUGGAAUCGGGAGAUCACCUGAAGCGGAAGGGACGCCAUGGCCAUCGUUCGCCGGCAAACGGAGGACUCAAAAAGAUGCGGCGUUAGCACCACCUCAAGGGGUAGCAUGUCAAAGGUGCUGAAACGAAGUGUUUGGAGCUGUGCCAUGGAAUGCAAU